ACAGCGGCUUUGUAUGCGUUCGGAAGUCUGAAAAAGAGCUGGUCGCCAAGUGAGAGGGCACAGUAUGCAGCCGCCUCCUCGUUUCACUGGUGGGACAACAACGAGCAAACCUACAAUUCCACGUUCCCAAAGCUGGUUGAGCUUGCACGAUUAGUAUUUGCGGUUACUACAUCGUCGGCUGCUAGUGAGCGUGCCUGGAGCAUUUUCGACCUCAUUCAUUGCAAGAAGCGCAAUCGACUGACUAAAGACAAGGCGGAGAAGCUCGCGUACAUUUACAUCAACUUGGCUGCAGCGGAGACGAGUUGGAUGGACGUUGCCCGUUGGCAAGAGUAUCCAGAGAGUGUC